CCGGCUGUCGAAUAACAUCAACCAGGAGCUGCGCCUGUGAGCUAACGCUUCAUCUAUUGUCAGUGUAUUUUCCUGGGCACACACAGAGAAAAAGCAUGUCAGAUACGGAGACAAAACCAUCCAGCCAAGACGGAGGGGAUAAAAAAGACGGAGAGUACAUCAAAUUAAAAGUGAUUGGUCAGGACAGCAGUGAAAUCCACUUUAAGGUGAAAAUGACAACACAUCUAAAGAAGCUGAAGGAGUCAUACAGCCAGAGACAGGGCGUCCCAGCGAGCACGCUAAGGUUUCUGUUUGAAGGACAGAGAAUCGCAGACAACCAGACUCCCAAAGAGCUGGGAAUGGAGGACGAGGACGUCAUCGAGGUGUAUCAAGAACAGACUGGCGGACUUUGGAACAAUUAAACCUCCCACAUUUCUAAAUCCUUUUAUUUCUUCCUCCUCUUUUACUUAUUUUGUAUUUUAUUUUGUAUGUAUGUACGUAUUUUUGUUCAGUUUCAAACCAUCUGGAUCAAAACGGACUCAAUUAGGGCUUCCAUGUGUGUGUGGGCAGGCAGGCGAACAUGCCGAGGACAUGGACUACCGGUUCUCUGAAGUGCAGGGAUGAAUUCAGCCCACAUUUACCAAGAAAAACGUUCUUUUUCCUGCCUGUUUUUAAUCAUCCAUGUAGUUAUUUCAGAAGAAAUAAAUGAUCCUAUAAUAAGCAGCUGCAGUAAAAGGAUUAGUUCACCCAGAAUAAAAAGGUUUGCUCUGUUUCAGUUCACCCUUCGAGUUUCAGGUUUCCUUGUUAAUCACUAUUUUCAGUACCCGCUGUUUUUUUUUUGUUCGGUGCCGAUGACGGUAUGGGAUUUUUAUAGUUUGAAAGUUUGAGUUGAUCUUCUUCUUUUGAAUGUGCCCCACCUCUUUACCAAGAUAGAUUAAAUAUAACUCCUCCUGACAAUAAAAGGUUGGAGCAAGCUGUCAGGUUUAGCAGGACGGUUUGUUUCUGAUCGUGCUGAAAAUGGCCGAUUUGAGGUCUUCUGCUAUUUGCCUUCUAUAAUCCAGUAAACAUGGAUCUUUGGAGUAAAAAAUUUGCCUAUAUCCUUUAUAUUUGUACACUACACAGUACAUACACAAGCAGUUUAUUUGGGUUAUAUUGGAAAGGAAACUAAAUAUUGGGGUUGUAGCCACCAUGGGAUCACCUGUUUUUUUGAAGUUUCAACAUUUCAUCUGCUGUUAUGUUUUUCUUUUUGAGCCAGAAGUGGCCGUAUUUGGUCGAUGGGGUGGAGUACCAUAUCCUCAGUUUGGUUAGGAAGCUGAAACAGAUAUGCUGUAUUAACACCUGGCAUUAACAUGCGACCCACAUCUGGUUGCUGUCACUCACAACAGCUCAAGUUAUGAUUGAAUUAUAAUCAUGAUCAUUUAAUACAGUAUCUCAUCUAUUUGUUUAACUUUUAAGACAAAUCUUAUCUAUUUUUUUUUGUUAAAACAGUCAAAUUCAAAAAUGCAGAAUUUGGUUUUCAUCACCAGGGGGCAGCGUUUUAUUUCUUUUUAGUCCUAUCACCAUUUCCUCAGAGGCUUUCUCUGUUUGUUAAGAAAAAUGUUUUCUUAAUAAUUUGUCUGACUAAACAAAGGUCACACUGACUCACUGCACCCAUAUUGUGGUAGAAACUGGUAUAACGUCAAAGUACAGCUCAGCCCUAGUUCAGCCUGAGUUGACAUCUCAUAAACACAACAUGCAGGACUUGUUUCUUUACAUUCUGAGGGAGCUUUUGGGUAAUUUUAAACACAAUAAUUUAAAUUAACCACCUUUAAAGGGAAAUUAUGAGGCUUAUGAAGCAGGCCACAUGUUUUGGGGAUCUUUCACUGUGUGGAAAACAGACAUGAUGUUCAGCAUCUGUUGGAUGAUUCUGUACUUGUGAAGCACCUGAGAAACCCACAAAAACCCUAUUUUGGAGAAACAGGUGGUUGCUUUUGAUCCUGGUCGUCAUGUUUAUUAGAAGCCAUAAUUCUGGAUUAAUUUGACAGCUGUACAGACCUCCCGUUUGUGGCUCUAUACUUUCGUAGGACCCCUUGUAUUAAAAUGAUUUAUUUUUUAUGUCCAGUACAUGCAAAUUAAUGAGGCUGGGUCAGCCAUCUUUUCGUCAGGCUUGCUUGAGCUGCGGUAGAGCCAUUAAAUAUUUGUCCUUUUCGAUUGUAGCUGAGAUUAAAAGUGAGCUCACCUGUCGAUGCCCGGUGUAAGCGUGGUGAUAGUCAGGGAUUUCUGGAUGAACUCUUCCUUUUAAGCUUUCAUUUUCAUGUUUGGGGAGAAAAGAAACAGGUUAAACAUUUCAUUCCACAUGUUUUGUGUGACAUUCAGGGCUCAUAAACAGCUGGAUUAGUGGACAGUCCACCAUAAGAAGUGGACAACAUAAGAGUUUAUGUUGAUCAUCCUCUGUGUGCCAUGUUUCUUAAACUGCACCAUAUUGUAAGAUGAUAAUAACCAACCUGAAAUGAAACUACUUCAGAUUUGAACCCAUUUUUAAAGGACUUGCUCUUUACGUGUAUAUGUUGUAUUCAGUAUUAGUGUGUGUGAAUGAUAUGCCAUGUAUAUCUCCAGUGUCUUUAUUUUAAUAUGUUUGAGGGUUUCAUUCUGUAAUUAUGUAUGAAAAUAUAAACCUGUUAUAGACACGUUUCAAUCGCUGACAGUCACAGAGAUUUUUGAAGUCCUCUGGCAGUUUUGUGCAAAGAAAGGUCUUCUGCUGUGGUGUCGGCGCGUGUUUUUAAAGCUUUGCUUUCCUGGUUUUGGAGUGAAACUCUUAAUCUGUGUACUGUAUGAAGUUCCUCCAGAAGGUAAACGCAGCCCCAGAGCUCUGGCUCACAUUUAAAUCAGGUUAAAGCAGCAUCUCAGAGUUCAUAGUAGGAAAAACAACGUUAAAUAAAGUAAUGAUCAGUGGCUGUCAUUUCCCAGAGGUGUGUGCAUAAAAAAUAAAAAAAAAUAGGUAGAUAAGAUUUUCUCAACCUGGCCGGCUGUUUGAAAUUUGUCCUUUUUGUGCAUUGGUGAUAUAUCUGCUCCACCCAAACUCCACCCAGACGUACAGGGCUGUGAUUUGAGCCAUAACCCGAUCUCGGUGAGGUGAAGGGACUGUCCGACACUCGAGGAACAUUGAUACAGAUGGUUUGAAAUUCUGGAGAUGAGCUUUUGGCUUUUUUUUGAAUAAAAUAUUUAAAAACAAAA